AUGGGAGGAGCGGCGCCGCCCUUCAUGUACGGCGCCGAGCCGCGCAACGACUCGCGCUUCCCCAGAUCUUCGUUCGACCCCAAGGCCGUGACGCGAGCCAGCUGGGAACCCAAGCCUCGCAAGACCCAGCCCACAGGCCCGCUCGUCUCCUUCAACAGACACCCCGACGCGCACCUGGUCCUCGCCAACCAGCAGAGCAGCUACGUGCCCCUCGGCCGCCGCACAAAGACAUGCAUCAAGUGGCUGCGUCGCCUGCAGCUCGCGCUGCGAGUCUUGCAGCUCUGCGGCGCUGCCGGCAUUCUCACGCUCAUGAUCCUCAUCACCGAGGUCAAUCCCGCGACGGCAUGGGUCCUGCGCAUCAUGGCCGGCAUCUCCAUGAUGCAUUGCACCUACGCCGCCUAUCACCUCUCCCGUGAGGCUUCCGGCCGUACCCCGGCGUCCUCGGCUGCCUACCAGGUCUUUGCCGGCAUCGCCGACCUCUGUGUCCUGUCUGCCUACGCUUACGGCGCCUUGGCUGCCUACAAGAGCGCCGGCGGGUGGGCCACGCUGCUUGCCGACCAGGGCCUCGUGCGUUACUUCGCCCCGGCCGCCUACUACACCCUCGUCGGCUGUGGCGGCCUGCACGUGGUCACCCUGUCCGUUUCACUCUGGCUCGGGGCCGCCUUCCGCCGGAUCAGCCUCAUGCCCCCGGAUAUGAACCCCCUCGAGGACCAUCUGACGGCAAGGCCCUUCCACAAGCGAAACAAGUCUUCCGUCAAUACGGCCAGUAGCGUUGGAGACGAGAAGCGCCUCUCGACGCCGACGGAUGCCCGCCGCCUCUCCGACCUGCACUCUGUGGACUCUUGCCGGCCCCCAAGUGUGCCAUUCAUGCACACGAGAACCGGCUCGAGCCACUCUCUGCUGAGCCGAGACUCAAGAAGCGACUUUCCUGCGAGGCAAUACCAGAUCGUCCCCGGCGGCGAAUCUCCCCGGAAUUCCGCUUGCUCGACUCAAAGCCGCGUGAAUGCGUCGAUGCCUCGCUCCUCGCGUGGCGGUUCAUACGCUCAAUUGCCCACGGCGGAGCCAGGCUCGCCCCAAAGGGAUCUGACGUCCAACCUGGACGUCAAUUCAGGGCGGAAGCCAAAGUUCACCGAGGCAUGGGUGCCGACCGACUCCCUCAUCUCCAGGACGUAUCACCGAAACAGCAAUGGUGAAGGGGGCCAGCCGUACACAGCUCUAUCCCAGCGCUACAACUUGGACAACUCGUCCGACUCGGAGUAUGAGGAUGAGAAUGUGCAGGCUGGGGAUUUAUCGGCCGCCGGCCCGCCGCGAAAGCAUCCGAACCCCCUUCGGUCUCACCCGCCCCCGAGCGCGCAAGCGACGCUGGUCUACCCUGCUACACGGCCGCCGCAGGCCUCGCUAUUGGAGCUGAGCGGCAACGAGCGUCGCGUCAGCGGCAGCAGGGACAUUGCCGACCAGAGGCUGAGCCAGCCGAGUCCUUGGCAGAGGCAGCGGAACAGUUCCAUCCAGCCUGAAGACGGCUUCUACUCGAGGCCGUACGGCGAUCUAAAGCCCGCCACGCCUCCAAUCAUGAUCGGAAGCGGCCGUAAAGUCUCGACCGGCAACGACUUUGAAUCCAAGUAUGCUCCGAACUCUCACGGCCGACGGAUUGUUAGUGGCAGGCAGGCCGAGGAGGGCUUGGCUGCAGUCCAAGGCCCGCGACGAGGCUUCGCCGUCAGCUAA